UUUGAUUCUGGAAUCCUUGUCUGAUUACAUACAAAGUGUUAGUUCAGGAAUUCAAAUCCAGAGGGCAGAUAAUUUUAUUCAGUGGAUGUACGAAAAUGAUGAGGUGACAUAAACUACAGAUGACAAAAGUUAGGUUAAACUUAUAGAUGAUGUUAUUUAUGUUUACUUAAAAAUGUCUGCUAUAUUCAGUUUCCAAAGUUUAUUAACAGUAACACUGUUGAUAUUAUGUACGUGUACUUACUUAAAAGGCGUAUUUCCUAGUAUUCUAGAUAAAAACAGAACUGGUAUUAUGAAGACGUUUUGGAAAUGUGCGAGAAUAGGUGAAAGAAAAUCUCCUUGGAUAUCAGGAUUAUGUAUAAUAAUGGCAGUUUCAAUAUUAUUUUUUAAUUAAAGUUGUUAAUAAAUUACAGCAUUUAUAAAAAUCUUUGUAAUAUUAAUCUAUAUAAUAA